AACAUCAAUAAUGGAGCUAGCUCACGGUUUAUUGCUAAAUGAAGAAGCAUUGGCUCAGAUCACAAAGGCAAAGGGACCAGUGUUCAUCUUUGAAUGGUUAAGAUUUCUUGAUAAAGUCCUAGUUGCUGCCAACAAGUGCCUUCUGGAACUACAGAAUGAAGCUGUGUUCAUGUGGACUGUUGAACUAGAAAAUAUAGCUAUCCUCUGCUUUAAGGCUUUGGAAAACUCAAAUUAUGGGACCCAAAUUCAAUGUCCAGAACCUACAUCAGGCAGCUUACAACUUCCCGUAACUCCACCUUUGGGAAUCCAGUGCCCUCCACUGCUUUCUACUUGGUCUCUUCAUUCACUUGUCCUGAGAGUGGAUUCUAGUGGCCCAAUGUACCGUGGGUACUUGGAACCCACGCUGUCCCUGGUUGUUACCUUGCUGCUGACAGUUCCACCUUCACACACAGAAGUUCACCAGUGUUUGGGCAGAUGCUUGGGGGCCACCAUAACUACUGUUGGACCAGAGCUGCAGGGAAAUGCAGCCACCAUUUCCACCAUCCGCUCCUCUUGCUUGGUGGGUUGUGCCAUCACCCAGGACCACUCUGAUUCUCUGCUUCAGGCAGCUGCCAUCUCUUGCCUUCAAGAGCUUCACAUGUUUGCCCCACGACACGUCAAUCUGUUCAGCCUUGUUCCAAGCCUUUGUGUGGGAGCUGCCCUAAGACCAGCCUUUUCACAAGAUACGCCAUCAGACAUAAUAGCAAAAGCUUGUCAGGGUCUGUAUAACAUCUGCCCAGGCUCUUCUGAAUUAUCACAGAGAGAGGAGCUUCAGUUGAGGAGAUGCCUCCUUGAGAUCUAGCUAGGGAGCAUUUUAUACUCCCAAGACCAUUGAUAUAGCAAGACUUCACUACGGGAACUCCUGGGCCCCAAUUCUCCAUGCAGUGGCACUCUGAUUAAACAGCACAGGAUUUAUAUGUCAAGAGUGCACAGAAGCAACAACUGUGUCUGGUAUACAGAAACCUCCCUAGUGGUCAGUUUAAACGAGGAUCCAGGAGCAAUGGCUAGUGCGGAAGCCUUGCCAGAAGUUAACAAGGACAGAAUGCACCUGACCCUAGGUGUGAGUAUACAGUUUCUUUGUUCCCAUCGACCAGAGGAGCCCAUUCAACAUGCUACAGCAUGCCUGCAGGCCUUACACCCCUUAUUGGCUUCUCC